GAGGUUUGGGAAAGUUUUGGGGAGGUUUUGGGGAGGUUUUGGGCUGCCCCGGGCCCUCCCCCGGCGCUGAGCUCAUGGAAGAAGCUGCGGCGGGGCUAAAAAAGGACAAACGCGGAGCCGUUCCCAGGCGGGGGGGCUCCGCUGGGACCGCGCAGGAAACGGGGGAGGGGGCUGGGAACGGCUCCGGGCCCGGCCAAAUGGGGCUGGGGGCGGGCCGGCACCGCCGUGGGGGGACCCCAGGGACGCCCCAAAAUAGGGGAGGGGCCUCCGGGAGCCCCAUAAAGGUGUGGGGGUGACCCCUGGGAACGCCGAGUGGGGGAAGAGCCUUGGGCCCCCCUACUGGAGAGCGGGAGCGCUGUGGCUGCCGUUGCUGGUGGGGGUGGGGCUUGGGGACCCCAAAAUUUUGGGGGGGGGGGGCGAACCCCGGGUCCCCAAAGGGGGCUUUGGGCGGCCGCUGGCGCCCCCUGGCGGCGGUACCGGCUGUGAAUAGUGCGCAUGCGCUGCAACGGUUUGAAAGCGGGGUCCUUCGGCUGCAUUCGGGUCUUCCCGGCUUCCUUCGGCAUUUUCCGGCCCUUUUCAUCCUCUUUCGGCCCUUUCCGCCUUCCCUCGGCCCUCUCUGCCUCCUCUCGGCUCUCUCCGCCUUCCCUCGGCUCUGUCCGCCUUCCCUCGGCUCUCUCCGCCCUCCCUCGGCUCUUUCCGCCUUCCCUCGGCUCUGUCCGCCUUCCCUCGGCUCUCUCCGCCUUCCCUCGGCUCUCUCCGCCUUCCCUCGGCUCUUUCCGUCUUCUCUCGGCUCUCUCCGCCUCUCCUCGGCCCUUUCCGCCCGCCCUCGGCUCUCUCCGCCGCGUCCCUCAGCGCCGCCGGUGCCAUGGCCGGUGGUCGCCGCUCGCCGCCCGCUCCGUGCUGCCCGGGCCGGGCGGCGAUGCCCUCUCCGUGCUGCCAGGGCCGCGUGGCCGUGCCCAGCGUGCACCAGAGCCUGUCCGAGAUGGACUUCGAGCGGGGGAUCUGGGCGGCGGCGCGGGACGGGGACGAGGCGCGGGUGCUGCAGCUGCUGGAGCGGCGAGGGGACCCCGCGGAGCCCGACCUGGCGGGGUACACGGCACUGGUACACCGGGGGUACCGGGGGCACCGGGGGGCACCGGGGGCACGGCACUGGUACACCGGGGGCACCGGGGGGCACCGGGGUCCUGACCUGACCGGGCACAUGGCCCUGGCCCCGGGGGCACGGCCCUGGCGCGGGGGUCCCGGGGGUCUUUGGGGUCGGUCCUGCCCGGGGUCCCGGGGGUCUUUGGGGUCGGUCCUGCCCGGGGUCCCGGGGGUCGCGGGCAGUCCCGAGGCAGCGCCGUGCCCGCAGCACUACGCCAGCCGGAACGGGCACCUGGGCGUGUGCCGGCUGCUGCUGGAGCGCGGCGCCCCGUGCGACGCCCGCACCCCCGGCGGAGCCACCCCGCUGCACCGCGCCUGCUACCGCGGGCACCGCGCCGUCACCGAGCUGCUGCUCGCGCACGGAGCCGACCCCGCCGCCGCCGACGGCGACGGCAAGACCGGCCUGCACAAGGCCGCCGAGCAGGGGCACCGCGAGCUCUGUGCCCUCCUCCUGCGCCAGCGCCCGGCGCUCGCUGCGCUCCGCGAUGCCAGGGGCCGCAGCCCGCGGGACGGGGCGCACCCGGCCGUGCGGGACCUGCUGGACACCUGAGGGGACACGGGGGCGACAGCCGCGCUCCCGGUGCCCGGCCCGGUACCGCCGCUGCUACUUCCGCGUCCCGCCCUCUCAACCAAUCACCGCCCGCCUUCUCCCGUAGCCCCGCCUCCCCUCCCUGCAGCCAAUCAGCACGCGCGGCGCCUUUAGGGGGCGGGGUUUCGCGGUGUAAACAGCCCCCGCGGGUGGGGGGGAUUUAAAGGCGCCGCGUCCUUUUUUUAACCGGGCCCCUCCCCCGGUAACCGGGACCCCCCGCGCGGCACCGAGCACACCCAGGUACAGAUAUAGAAUUUUUAUUAACCCUU